AUGGUCGACUCAGCUGACGAGCCUCCCUUGUCAAAUCGUCUACACUCAUGGGCUAAGAACACGAACUUCGCAACGAAGUUGUCCUUCAACUCCCCUCGAACAUCCCGUGAUAAGCAGGACUCUAUCCUGCCAACCACCGCACCUCAAUCUGGCUUCCCCUUCCCCACAAGCAAAGAUGCUGUCUACAAACCCUCUGCAGCCGGUCCUGCAACCUCAGACCAACCCGUGCACGACAAGGAUAACGGGCAGCAAGAUAUUCCGUCUAUGGACCAGGAAGGAGAUGGAGCGCAACCUUCCACCAUAGGGUCUACGGAACCCAAGGCUCAACAGUCCUUGGGUAGCCGAUUUGUUCGAGAUGUCAAGCGCAUCAUUUUCUCCAGUUGGAUCAACUGGCUUCUCCUUAUUGUGCCCGUCGCCAUUAUUCUUGGAGCCUUGGUCGACUGGGGUCACAAUGACAUCGUGAGUCCCACGGUUGUCUUUGCCCUCAACGCUGUAGCCAUCAUCCCACUGGCCUCACUUCUGUCCUUUGCAACAGAAAGCGUGGCUUUACGGAUGGGUGAUACCGUCGGCGCACUACUGAACGUGACCUUUGGCAACGCUGUUGAAAUUAUCAUUUUUAUCAUUGGUCUGGUUGCCAAUGAAGUCCGCAUUGUCCAAGCUGCGGCGAUCGGCUCCAUCCUAUCGAAUCUGUUAUUGAUUCUCGGUAUGGGAUUUGUUGUGGGUGGUCUUCGCUUUCGUGAGCAAUUGUACAAUUCCACUGUUUCCCAGAUGAGUGCAUGCUUGCUCUGUCUCAGUGUGAUUAGUCUCUUGCUCCCCACGGCCUUCCAUGCCUCAUUCAAUGAUGCGGAUUCGGCCGAUAACAAAGUGCUCAAAGUUUCUCGAGGUACAAGCGUGGUUCUUCUACUGGUCUACGUCUUGUAUCUACUAUUCCAGCUCAAAUCCCACGCAUUCAUGUACCAGAGUACACCCCAGCACCUCAUUGACGAAGAAUCCCACCCUGGUGUACUUGCUGAGAUGUUGAACUCUUCCAGCUCUUCUAGCGAUUCGUCUAGUUCCAGCUCUUCUGAUACCGAUUCGAGUUCAAAUUCACACUCAACCGCCAAACGAUUCAAACGCGCUCUACGCAGAAAGCGGAGAAAGUCUACUUCCAGCACACAGGAUAACAAUUCCGCACCAAUCAUUACCCGAAGUUCUUCCAAUUUGACUAAUCACGGUGGAUCCAUCACGCAUACAACGUCACCAGCCUCUCCAGAGUUAGAACCGGUCUUUAGUGGCGACGAGGCUGAUCUCGAUGGUGAAGGCCGCCAUGGUCGUCAUAGAUCUCGCAUCAAUAGCGUCCGGACACGGGACUUUGAAAGCGAAAUUCAGGCCGACAAUGUCUCUGAGAAAUCCAAGAAGUCCCGCAAAAGAUCCAAGAAAUCAUGGAAGUCCAAACAUUCAAAGAGGAACAAGGAAAAGCGGAAGCAAAUCGAAACAGAUCCGGAAAAAUCCCCAGCGGCUGAAACUGAAACCGAAAAAGGUCCUGGCAUUGACCAGAACCACCUUCGGGUACCACAGGUCGAAUUCUCCACAGACAUCCAAGAAAUUCCUAAUGAGAAUUUGGCCAAGCACGGCUUUAAUAUUCGCAACCUGUCUGAGGCCGUCCGACCUGCUUUCAGCUCAGCAAUGUUUCCCCACCAUGAGGCCACUGGAAGACCCCUAGCAAUGCCGAUGCGAACUUCCCCACAGCCGAGAUCAAGUUCUCGUGGAUUACGUCGCACUUCGUCGAUGCCCGAUAUUCUUCAUCGCACUGUCUCCAAUACUAGACCAUCGCCUCUCUUCCCACAGCCUAUGCAAGAUACUGUCCCUUCAUCAGAAGCUGGAACGGAAGUGGAGAUCAUGGAGGUUGUGGAGCCCCAAGCACAUCUUUCUCGCACGUCGGCUGUCAUCAUGCUCCUCGCCACGACAGGUCUGGUCGCGCUUUGUGCCGAAUUUUUGGUCAACAGCAUCGAUCAUCUUAUCUCUACCACUGGUGUUAGUCAAGCCUUUGUCGGUCUCAUCAUCUUGCCAAUCGUUGGUAAUGCGGCUGAACACGUAACGGCGGUAACAGUGGCUGCUAAGAACAAAAUGGAUCUUGCUAUCAACAUUGCUCUUGGCAGCAGCAUUCAAAUUGCUCUUUUUGUUACACCUCUCAUGGUCAUUCUAGGAUGGAUUCUGGACACCGAAAUGAGUCUAUACUUCAGUUUGUUCGAGACUGUCAGUUUGUUCGCCAGUGCGUUUAUCGUCAGCUUUUUGAUGAUUGAUGGUCGCAGUAACUACCUCGAGGGAGCUCUCUUGAUCGCCGCUUAUGUCAUCAUCGCUUUGGGUGCAUUCUUUUAUCCAAAGUGUGACUUGAGUGCAGGUACUGGGGCGAUAGAUGAUGGGUUGGGUUCCAGAUGUCCAUCUCAAACUCCAAGAAUGUUCUUCUAA